UGAUUCUGGGGCUUACGCUUUACUGGAGUUGGUGCGGAGUGAGUAGGAUCUAUGGACAGAAAUCUAUCAGCGCUUUUAGGGAUUGUAUUCUCCUACCUUCGUGGAUUUCCAAAAUAUGAAUUGAUGUCGUCGUUUAAAGUCGAGGAAUUUCGUCUUGAAAUUAAGGGCAGGUAUAUAGCUACGAAGUUGUGAAAUAGUUCCCUUGAAGUUUUUCCUCACGAAUUUCCAGUUUCCUAUUCGACUACUACACCAGCCAUCAUAUGGCGAGGCGAGUAAGGGGAGAAGGAUCCGUGAUUUUAACACGAAUUCCAUCCACGGUUUGGAAUAAGAACUCGAGACUCCACUGGUGUAACUUCAUGGCUGUUUUUUGGAGCUCUGUGGCAGUAUUGUCGCUUCUAUGUUGUGGAUUUUGUGGCGCUGAAACGGAGUUUUCGAUCUUGGAGGAGGCACAAGUUUUAGCCGUACAAAUGAAAAAACUGUCCUCGCAGGAGCUUGGAGUCUUCACCAUGCAGAGAAUCUUCAACUCGUUUGUGUACACAGAGAAGACCUCAAACGGAGAGACGGAAGUACAGCAGCUUGCGAAGAAGAUCCGCGAGAAGUUUAACCGUUACCUGGACGUGGUGAACAGGAACAAGCAGGUGGUGGAGGCAUCCUACACGGCCCACCUGACCUCCCCCCUCACCGCCAUCCAGGACUGCUGCACCAUUCCCCCCUCCAUGAUGGAGUUCGACGGUAACUUCAACACCAACGUGUCCAAGACCAUCUGCUGUGACCGGCUGUCCCCCACCGUCAACAGUCGAGCCUUUAACCCUGGACGGGACCUCAACUCAGUGUUGGCAGAUAACCUGAAGUCCAACCCGGGCAUCAAAUGGCAGUACUUCAGCUCAGAGGAGGGCAUCUUCACUGUGUUCCCCGCCCACAAGUUCCACUGCAAGGGCAACUACGAGCACCGCUGCAGGCCAGUGUACGUGUCGGCGGUGCGGCCCCAAUCGAAACACAUCGUGGUGAUCAUCGAUCACGGCGUGACCAUUACAGACACACAGCUGCAGAUCGCCAGAGACGCUGCGCUCGUCGUCCUCAGCUCCGUAGACGAACAUGACAAGGUCUCGAUCCUGUCCUCAGCGGAGGCGGUGAGGUCCUGUUCGCUGGACCCGUGCUAUAAGAGCUACCUGUCUCCUGCCACCAGCGAGACCAAGAGGAAGAUGAGCACCUUCGUCAACAACCUCAAGGCUUCCGACAGUCCUACCCUGCACGCACUGGGCUUCCAAAAGGCCUUCCAGCUGCUCCGGAACACCAGCAAUAUCACCCGCCAACUCACCAAUACGGACAUGGUGAUCAUCUACCUGUCGUCUGGCAUCACGUCCCGAGACGCGUCGGAGCACGAGAAGAGGGACACCCUGCGCGUGGUCAAAGAGGAGAACCGUCACCUCAACAACUCAGUCAUGAUCCUCACCUACGCCCUCAUGAACGAGGGCGUCACCGGUCUGAAGGAGCUGGCGUUCCUGCGUGACCUGGCGGAGCAGAACUCGCUGAAGUACGGCGUGCCCGACCGCUCGGCGCUGCCGGUGGUGAAAGGAAGCAUGAUGGUCCUGAACCAGCUCAGUAAUCUGGAGACCACCGUGGGACGCUUCUACAUCAACCUGCCCAACCGCAUGAUUGACCUGGCCCGCUUCAGCCUGUCCUACCAGGACGCCAUGGGAGACGGUUUCAUCAUGACGGCGAGCCGGCCAUGUUACUUUGGCAACCUGUUGCUAGGCGUGGUGGGAGUAGACGUGAACCUGGCCUACAUUCUAGAGGACGUCACCUACCACCAGGAUUCCUUGGCCUCCUACACCUUCCUCAUAGACAACAAAGGUUACACCCUGAUGCACCCGUCCCUCACACGGCCCUACCUGAUGACCGAGCCUCCGCUGCACACUGACAUCAUCCACUAUGAAAACAUCCCAGGGUUCCCUGUAGUACGGGACAACAUACUCCGGCUGCCCCUGGGCAGUCAGGUGAUAGCUGUGCCCACCAACUCCUCUCUGUCCUGGCACACCAACCGGCUACGAGACCCCAGCAGGGAGGCCUACAACGUCAGCUACGCAUGGAAACUGGUCCAGGACACUUCGUUCAUCCUGUGCAUAGUGUACGUCCAGCCAGAGAUCCCAGUGAAACACCUGAAGAACCUGAACACUGCUCCCAGCUCCAAGCUGCUCUAUCACCGCCUGGACCUGCUGGGACAACCCUCCUCCUGUCUGCACUUCAAACAGCUGGCCACCGUCGAGAGCCCUACGGUGAUGCUCUCUGCAGGGAGUUUCUCCUCUCCCUACGAGCACCUCAGUCAGCCAGAGACCAAACGCAUGGUGGAACACUACACUGCCUACCUCAGUGACAACACACGCCUCAUAGCCAACCCUGGCCUUAAGUCGUCGGUCAGGAACGAGGUGAUGGCGACCAGUCACGUCACAGAUGAAUGGAUGACACUCAUGGAGAUGAGUAGCCUCAACUGCUACAUUGUGCGCCGUUACAUAGCAACGCCCAAUGGGGUGCUGCGGAUUUAUCCCGGCUCGCUAAUGGACAAAGCCUUCGACCCAACCCGGAGACAAUGGUACCAGCACGCUGUAGCCAACCCAGGCCUCAUCACCUUCACUGGGCCUUACCUGGAUGUGGGCGGGGCUGGCUACGUGGUCACCAUCAGCCACACCAUCCACGCCUCAAGUUCUCAGAUGGCCUCAGGGUAUGCGGUAGCCGUGAUGGGCAUAGACUUCACCCUGCGUUACUUGUACAAGGUUCUGCUGGACCUGCUACCCAUCUGCAACCAGGACAAGGGUAACAAGAUCCGGUGUUUCAUCAUGGAGGACAGGGGUUACCUGGUGGCCCACCCCACCCUCAUCGACCCUAAAGGCCACGCCCCCGCCGAACAGCAGCACAUCACCCACAAGGAACCGCUGGUGGCCAACGACAUCUUGAACCACCCCAACUUUGUCAAGAAGAACCUCUGCAACAGCUUCAGUGACCGCACGGUCCAGCGCUUCUACAAGUUCAACAGCAGUAUCAUUGGCGACCUGACGAACCUGGUCCACGGGAGCCACUGCUCCAAGUACCGUCUGACCCGUAUCCCAGGGACCAACGCUUUCGCGGGCAUCGUCAACGAGACGUGCGACUCGCUGGCUUUCUGUGCCUGCAGCACCGUGGACCGCCUCUGUCUCAACUGUCACAGGAUGGAGCAGAAUGAGUGUGAGUGUCCAUGUGAGUGCCCCCUGGAGGUCAAUGAAUGUACUGGCAACCUUAGCUACGCUGAAAACAGGAACCCCAGCUGCGAGGUGCACCAGGAGCCCCUCUCUCUGACGGUGAUGGACUCCAGUCUGCAGGACACCCUGCCCCAGUGUAUCAACACCCGCUGCAGCCAACGCUUCACCAGCAGUGACUGUUUUGGCGUGCUGGACUGUGAGUGGUGCAUGGUGGACAGUGAUGGGAAGACCCACCUGGACAAGCCUUACUGUGCCCUGCAGAAAGAGUGCUUCGGGGGCAUCGUGGGGGCCAAGAGCCCUUACAUGGACGGCAUGGGGAUGCUGGAUGAAGAGGUAGUGUCUCUGAACAUGAUGAAGAGUGCCCCGGUUGGGCCGGUUGCCGGGGGUAUUAUGGGCUGCAUCAUGGUGCUGGUGUUGGCUGUCUACGCCUACAGACACCAGAUCCACCGACGCUCACAUCAACACAUGUCCCCUCUGGCUGCACAGGAGAUGUCCGUCAGGAUGUCUAACCUGGAUAACGAGAGAGACGAGCGAGACGAGGACAGCCACGAAGACAGGGGGAUCAUCAGCAACACCCGGUUCAUCGCGGCGGUGAUCGAGAGACACACCCACAGCCCUGAACGCCGGAGGAGGUACUGGGGACGGUCAGGGACGGAGAGUGACCACGGCUACAGCACCAUGAGUCCUCAGGAGGACAGCGAGAACCCUCCCUGCAACAACGACCCACUGUCGGCCGGGGUGGACGUGGGUAACCACGACGAUGACCUGGACCUGGACACGCCCCCUCAGACGGCGGCGCUGCUCAGCCACAAGUUCCACCCGUACCGCCACCCGCCUUACCACCACCCGCUCCACACACACCGCCUGCAGGCAGCCGUCACCGUGCACAGUGUGGACGCAGAGUGCUGAUCCUAAACCUCCAUUCCCCCCCCCCCCCCCCCCCCCAGGCCUGGGCUCUCCUCCACUCCCACCGGCCCUCUUCCUCCACCUGGCUACGCCUCGCUACAUUGGCGGGGUCCCUGACAUGCAAUGCUACCACUACCGUCACCUCCAGACUCCACCACCAUGUAGGCUCCCACUGGGCCCAGCCAGGGUGAGGGGAGGUGGGCUGAGAGAGAAUAGGGCAGACCCCCCUCUUCCCCCCCUGUUGGAAGUUUCCUUAGAAGAUCAUAGACUGUAGGAGGAACACUAGCCCUUGAGAGCUCAGCUCAGAACAUGGGGGUCUGAACUUGUUUAAAAGUGUAAACAGCGAUAAAAAAGGAAGGAUUAUUAAAGGAUUAUUUUUCUACUAUUUAUUGAACCGGAUUUGAGAUGGAUCAGAGUAGAGACUGACCAUGUGGCUGGAGCUGAACUGAAAGGACUCUGGUCGCUAAGGUAACCAGAGUGGCUGAUCAUGGACCACAGAGAGCCUCUCCUGCACACUGCCCUCGCUUUCUGUCGAGGAUGCAUCGAGGCAGUGGUUAUUCACGCUAUCGUUUUUAUUAUUUUCAGAAUCAGAAGUCGUUGUGAUGAUAAACUCUUUCCGAUGACUGGACGAGCUGAAUAGAAGACAUUGAGAAACCCACCCACUUGUCUGAACUAGAUGUGUCGUACUCCGAUCACCUGGCCUACCGUCAGUCACUGGGGCUGCUGUAUGACUGAAUAAGGAAGGGGCAUGCAAGGACCCUGGCAGAAUGACUCAGACACAGGAAGUACAGUGCUCAUGCUUUGGUGUCCUGUUAUCUGCCUGAAAAGAAAGGUAAUGAUGAGGCUUGGUGGAAUUGGUUGGUCUGUCUUCGGACCUCACACUGGCAUCUGGACCUGGUUGACCAAGCUAUGGCUCUCUCUGUCUCUAUGCCUCUCUCUGUCUCUAUGCCUGAGUGGGACCUAUUAGUGUUGAACAGAGGUGUGUGUGUGUGUGUGUGUGUGAGAGAGAGAGCUGUUGUGGCUGCAUCCAUUUUUAUGUUCCUUUUGCGGUAAAUUAAUAAUAUUAACACUCUGCGUGUGCUGCAGUCAUGGUGUGUGUGUGUGUGUACACUCUGCGUGUGCUACAGUCAUGGUGUGUGUGUGUGUACACUCUGCGUGUGCUACAGUCAUGGUGUGUGUACACUCUGCGUGUGCUACAGUCAUGGUGUGUGUGUGUGUACACUCUGCGUGUGCUACAGUCAUGGUGUGUGUGUGUGUGUGCACUGUGUGUGCUACAGUCAUGGUGUGUGUGUACACUCUGCGUGUGCUACAGUCAUGGUGUGUGU